GCGCGGGUUGCGGCGCCCCGGGCGGCUGCGCCUGCUUCGGCCCCGGACUCCGCCGCGGCCCCGGCCCCCGCCCCGACGCGGCCCGAGCUGGUCAAGAAGCUCAAGCGCUACGAGGCCGCCCUCGAGAUCUACAAGGACGACACGGCCGACCCGGAGUACGCGCGCUUGACGCAGCAAAUCUCCGAUGUAAAGGCCGAGAUUUCUGCUCUCAAGCCUCUUGGUGCGAAGCUGGACGGUGCCCGCGCCGCCCUCCGGCGCGCGUCGGCGCGGCGCGAGGAGGCCGACAAGGCCUUGUCUGCUGCCACGCUCCUCCGCGACACCGCUGCUGCGGAGGAGGCUUCGGCGAAGGAGGCGUUUAUUGUCCUGGAGCCCCAGGUCUCGCCCUUCGACAACUCGGACCUUACGACGUCGAUCCAAACACAGCUGCACCAGCUCAUGGGCACGCCCAAGUCCGAUCCUGGGGCCCAUGCCACACACAUCGCGAACGCGGAGAAGCACGUCACCGACCUUUUCGCCGGCUUCCAGACAGUUCUUCAACAGGCGAAGGACCACCACGCCCACCAGGAAAAGGUGGCGGGCCUUGCGGAGGGCCGCCCGCCCCACCGCCACGUUGUGAAGCACCCACCUCCCGACGUCACUGCCCGCUCCGACUGCCCCGUCACACCGGGUGCGUCAGGUGGGCAAGCAGCCGCUCAAGGAGGUCCCGGACGACGUAUUCCGGCGACCUCGCACUCGGACGAACCGCCGCUCCAGGAGCCGCGGCCCGAGCGCGGACCUGCGAGCAGGGCCGCCCGUGCGGAACACCGCCUCAGAGUGGCCUCCGCGAACGUCUGCACGCUCUCCCCCAAGGAUGAGGACGCGACCAACGCCGCUGUGUCUGGCAACCUCCUCAUGGGCAAGGUGCAGGUCAUGGAGCUGCGCUUCGCGGUUUGGGUCGCCAAGUCCCAUCUGUUCAAGCUUGGCGAGUUCCUCGCCCCCGAUGAGCGCUUCACAGCUGUCACGGGCACCGUCUCCGCUGCCAACAUCCCCGUCGCCCUCGCUUCCGCGCGCGCGGCCGCUGCGUCGGCCACGCCGGAGGUUCCCCGCGCGUGGUGCCCGGCGGACUUGGACCUCUCGCUCACAAUGCAGCAGGAUCAUCUGGCGGUCUUGGCGGACGUCUUACUGGCCCCGCCUCCCGGCACUCGGCCGCGACAGGCAUCCGCGGCGGUGAUUGCGAAGCAUAACCUUGCGUCCCCGGCUCGCGCCCAGCACUUCCAGGAGCUCCUCCGCGACUUCCACUUCGUCGGCGGCUCCGUGGACCAGCAGCGCGCCCAGUUCGUCGAGUACGUUCGUCGGUCGGCGCUGGAGCCUUUCGGCACUCGGCGCGACACGCCGCGGCAGCCGUGGAUCACUGAGGCCACCUGGUCCUUCCUUCGACAUGUCACGCCGAUGCGUCGGAGGGCGCUUGAUGCCGCUGCACAGCGUUCCGUUGCCUAUCACCGCGUCAUGUUUGCUGCUUGGGCCGCUGCGACGCCUCGUCCCUACGUGCCCAAUGCGCCGCUACCAGCACUCGGGUGGGGCGCCGCUGCUCGCGUCGACGGUCUUCGCGCUGUAUGGCGUCAGCACUGUUGCCAUGCUGCGUUGCUCUGGCGGUUGCUGCACUUCAUCUCGCGCUCGACGAAGUUGCUCGUCGCCGCCGACCGCCUCACGUUCCUUCACAGUCGUGCUCAAGACGCGGCCGAUGCGGCCAUGCGCGGCGACUCCAAGUCGUCCUACGGUAUCGUGCGCUCGCUCUCUGGCCGGAACGUCGGUAAACAGCCCACGCACAUCCGCAAGGCCGAUGGCGAGCUCAUCCAGACGGACGAGGAGCGCGACAAGGCAUGGCUCGCGCACAUCGCGCGCGUCUUCGACGCCACCGCCGUCCCCUUCGACGCCUUGGAGAGGCCACCGCUUGCUCCGCCGCUCCCCAUGACUGUCGCGUUCGACGAGCGGGACGUCUUCCAGGCCCUUGGCCGGCUCCGCCGCGACCGCGGCAUGGGGCGCGACCUUCCCCCUGCCGAGGUCCUGCAGGCGGGCGGUGCAAUCCUGGCUGCAAAGCUUUACCCGCUGCACCGUCGCGUUGCCGAUGAGGAGCGGUGGCCCGCGCAGUGGGCUGGAGGUCGCCUCGCUGAAGUCUUCAAGAACAAAGGUGCUCGCGACGAUCUUGAUGAGUACCGAGGCGUUGUGCUCGAGGACCACCUUGCGAAGGGCAUGAAGGAGGUCUUGGCACCCCACGUUUUCGACGCCUACAACAAGGGCAUCCCGGACAGCCAGCAUGGCGCUGUCAGCGGACGCGGCACCGACAUGGCCGCUUUCCUGCUGCAGUGCUUCGUCUCGUACUGCGACGCCCGUGGCCUCUCCUACUUCGUGCUUUUCGUCGACCUGGUCAAGGCUUUCGACAAGAUCCUCCGCGAGAUCACCCUCGGCAUCCCUCCGCGCGAGCCCGACCCCUACGCCUACCUGCGUGCCCGUGGCCUUACGCACAAGCAGGCGCUAUGGGUUGCGCAGUGGGUUGGCCGGCACCACUCCCAGUUUCGGGCCUGGGGAAUGUGCCCGAAAGUUGUCCGUUUGCUAUGCAACUUCCACGUGGUCUCACGGGUCACCUUCGGAUCGUGUGAUACGGCGCUCUCGGUUCUCAAGGGCGGCCGGCAGGGCUGCAAGUACGGCGCGGCUGUCUUCAACAGCACCUUCGCCUUGGCCAUGCAGCUCAUCAUCGAGGAGCUCAGCGACCUCGGCCUCACGGUCAAGCUCCGGCAGGGCCCGCCAACCUUCUGGGACGCCGCCUCGCCUGCCGAUGCCUCUGGAGCCAUGGACGUCGAUUCCGUAGAUGAUGCAUUCGUGGAUGGCGAGGCCUUCUUCGCCUGCGCGUCGUCCCCGGCCCGCCUCGACGCCGCCAUCGACAAGAUGCUGGAGGUCAUUUCAUCGGUGUAUUCUUUACUCGCCUUGGAGAUGAGCUUCAAGCCAAGGAAGACGGAGGCCUUCCUCAAGUACCGAGGCACUGGGUGCACCGCGGCACGCCAUGCACGCCGUACUGGUGCCAACGGCGAGCUUCUCCUCCCGAUCCCUGGCUCGCUGCCGCACGUGGCCGUCAGGGUUGUUCACCACUACAAGCAUUCGGGUAACGUGGUAUCGGAUGCCGGCAACUUGGUGCUCGAUGCCAAGCACAAGAAGGCGGGCGCCAUGCAGGCCUACGCCCCUCUGAGCAUGAAGAUUUUCGGAUCCCCGGCGGUACCCAUACCUUCAAGGCUGUCGUUCAUGGCCUCGCUCAUCCUCUUUCGGCUUCUCUACGCAGGCCACAUCUUCGUGCCCAGCUUACGAUACGUCCGAGAGCUCACGAAUGUGUAUAUGAGGGUCCUCCGGCGCAUCUUCGACGCUCCGAGGUUCGGCCCGGCCGAGACGGACAAGGAGGUACGGCUCCGCACCAAGAUUCCGAGCACUGAUUGUCUUCUAUGCCGGGCCCGCCUCAAAUUCCCUGGCCGGCUGGUCCGCCGGCAGCCGCCGCACGUCAUCGCGUUCCUCUCGACCCGUUGGCAAGACCGUCCGUUACCGUGGGUGGCGCUGCUCCGGUCGGACCUGCAGCGGUUCCGUGAUACGGUUGCCUUCUGCGCUGACAUGCCUGAGCCGAGAGAUGCUUUACCAUGGUGCCGGCUCAUCGUCGAGUCACCUGGGAAAUGGGCGUCUGCUAUCGUUAGCGCGCAUUUUUCCGAUUCUAUUGCGGACGCGCCGUCCGCCAAUGCCGCGGACGACGCACAAACGCUACCACAUGCUUGUCCGGAGUGCCACGCGAGGUUCCCAACCACGCGUGCUCUUGAGAGUCAUCGCCGUGCCAAGCACAAAGUCUUGGCCCCGCAGCGCUUCUUUGCCCCUGCCUCUGGCCCGGAUCUGAAGCUUCCAGAUGACGUUGUGGCCCGGCUCGACGCUGCGGACAACAGCGUGCUGACGGCAGGGUGGUUGGCAGAGCAUCUCGGCAACUGA